AUGGAAGGCGGGAAGAAGGCGGUGGAAGAGGAGGAUCUUCAAGAAGAGGAAGUGUGGGAAAUGAUCAAUGCAAGAGAAGGUUCAAACUCAAGCUCAAAAACAAUGGGAAACUUCAACCAAUGCAAUCUCUCAUCAUCUUCUUUUGCAUGGCACGUUGGUGGCGGCGCUCCGAGGGUGUCUCGCCACCACCGCUCAGCCCCCGUGGACAUUCCCGGCUUGUCAAAGAUUAAGAAAAGGUCUAAGCGAAGUGAUUUUGACACUCGGGUUGAUGAGGACGAGGACGAGGAGGACGAGGAGGGGGAGGUGGGCCCACCGCAUGAAGUGUUGGCAAAAAGGCUUGAGAGAACAAGGAUUAUUGCUUCACAUUCAAUGUGUGAAGGAGUUGGGAGGACUCUCAAAGGAAGAGACCUCAGCAAAACCAGGAAUGCUAUUUUAACCAAGACUGGUUUUAUUGAAUAG